UGUUUUGAUUCCCUUCCGCCAUAAUCCACCCACCCGUGUCGUUUACCUUUCGCGUAAAGGAAUCAAGACGCAUUUUUUGCUUGUGAAUAUCUUGGCUGUAUACCUACCAAACAAUAAUCUAUUUUUGGGUGAUUUGGUGUACCGUUUGCUAGUUACUAAAAAUAGACAUCAUUCUCCAAGUAUCGGGUUUCGGAUUAUACAAUUCUCACCUAUAUUUUUGGUGGGUGGUUCGCACAGGCACAGACAGCACCACCGCCAGACGCAUUCGGCGCUCAUCAAAAGCAGCGAUCAUUCAGUUGCCGGUCGUUCACCAGGUUAGUCGGCAUCGCGAGAGAGAGGAAACCCCCCAUAGCGUCUACCUUUCGUCUUCAGAAGGGUAGCAAGGAUGAAGAAACUUUUCCACAAGAAAGGAAGCUUGAUUCUCAAGGAGAAACCGUUUGCCUGUGUGUUACACUCUCGCUAUCGUGCCGAACGUUGCGAUAAGUGCUUCAAACCAGGAAAAGUUUUGAAAUGCUCCAACUGCCUGUACGUGCGCUACUGUAACCGUUUUUGUCAGAAGGAAGCAUGGCCCGAUCAUCAGGACGAAUGUGGCAAGCUGAAAGCCAUUGGUACGCGGACGGUGCCAGAUGCGGCCCUAAUGAUAUCCCGUAUAAUUCGCAAGCUGCAGAAGGGAGGUGACUACCAGAAGGGCUACUACACUGCCAAGUUCUACCGGCGUUUCCAUGACCUGAUGACGCAUGAGGACGAUAUUAGGAACGAUGUACCGCGCAUGGAACACUUCCAGUCGUUACUGGUAGUAUUGCGAUCGUUAGUAGAGGUGGCCGCCAUGCCAAGCAAUGCCGAGUUGUUGCAGAUAUUUGGAAAGAUGUGCAUUAACAGCUUCAACAUCCUGGACGACGAGAUGAACAGCAUCGGUACCGGAAUGUACCUGGGAAUAUCCAUCAUUGAUCACAGCUGCCGUCCGAACGCAUUGGCCACUUUCGACGGGACCACCAUCCAUUUGCGUCUGCUGGAGGACUACCACGGCAGUGAGGUGGAUUUUUCAAAAAUAUUCAUUUCCUACAUCGAUCUGAUGAACCCGGCCGAAGAGCGGAAAGCUCGCCUUCGCGCUCAGUAUUACUUCGAGUGCAAUUGCGAACGGUGUCGAGACGAACAGGAGCAGCAGUUGAUGGUUGCCGGUGCCUGUCCGAAUGUCGACUGCGACGAACCAUUGGCGAUGCUGGAUCGCAAGGUGGAAAAAUGUCCACGCUGUGACACUGCCAUCAAACAUUCCGCGCGGGAGAUGUUCCGAGAGGUUACUGACUUUACUUUGGCUCAGUUGGCUAAGAUGAAGGAUAUCACAUACAUGGACAUCUGCCAGCUCUGCCUGAAGAAACAGGAAAACAUUCUUCACUACUACAAUGUUUGGUACCUAAAGACACUGGAUCUGGCUUUUGAAAGUGCGAUUAACAUGCAGAAAUGGGAAGACGCCAUAGGAUACGGUCUGCGGCUGAAAGACGGAUUCAAGAAAUACAACGGUCCGUUCCAUCCGCUUUAUGGACUGCUUUUGUUGAAGAUUGGAAAAAUUCAACUUUAUACGAAGCACGUGGUGGAAGCGUUACAGAAUAUCAACGACAGCGAAAAGAUAUUGCGGGUGACUCAUGGGGAAGAGCACGACCUGUACAAGAGUCAACUGAUUCCGCUUCUGUGCCAAGCGGCAGGCGAAUAUGAUGCAUUGAACAAAUAAUGUUUUUUGGUGGUUAAUAAAUGUUUUUUACAAACUAUUGUUCGCAAAAAAACCUUC